UGUUUUGUAUACCGUACACUGUGCACUUACGCACACGCGCUUAGGUCCGCAACGUGCAACCACUUACUCAUUGUUUUUGGCGAUUCAAUAAACAUUUACGGUAAAAUUGUUCCUUCGCGACAGUUGGUGUGAGCAUGUAAUGCUUUGCUAAUUACAAUGCGUAUAUUAUUAGCUACUUUUCUUAAUGCAUCAAUUCGUUUGUGCAAGUUCGGCGUGAAUCAGACAAGUGUGCGUAAUCGAAACAUUUGCGAUGUGCGAAAGAAUUAGUAGGUGAGGAGCGAUUUGCGAGUAUAAUAUCGCAAAUUAUAUUGCUUGAUAAGUAUUGCCAAAAUUAAGAAAAAUAGUUGCAAUUGUGUCUUGAAGUGUAAAUGUGGGAAGCAAAACUGGAUAACGCAAAAUCGUAGGAAGAGUUUACAAAGAAUUGUGAUCAAGCCAAAGUUGUGAUUUGAAAUCAUGCUGGUGAAUCACAUUAAAGGGUUUAUUUGCGGGCAAGAAUGGAAGCAAAUUUUUGCAAUAUUAACAGCUGCAUUGGUAUCUCUGAAUACGGCUCUUCUCUAUGCCUGGCCAUCACCAUCGAUACCAAUUCUUUUAUCAUCUGAAUUCCCAACGAAUGUGACGAUGGAAGAAGCAUCCUACACAACAGUAAUUCCCUCUAUUGCGUCAAUAUUCUCGAGUCCCCUUUACCCAUUCCUGAUGGAUAAAUUCGGUCGUAAAAUAACCCUCCUUUCUGUAGCUCUUCCGCAAGUUCUAUCCUGGAUACUUAUCUCAAAAGCAAACGACAUUUACACCAUUUACUUGUCGCGUUUACUGAGUGGAUUUUCGAAUUCUUGCCUCUAUGCGACACUUCCAGUCUACAUUGGUGAAAUAUCCUCUCCAAAAGUGCGUGGCUUAUGGGGAAACGCCAUGUCCUGCUGUGCAUACUUCGGACUCUGCCUGAUGAACAUUGUGGGUUCCAUGAACUCGCUUCGAUCAACAGCAAAUAUUUUCCUUGCCAUUCCAGUGAUUUUUUUCCUGCUGUUUAUGGCAAUGCCCGAGACUCCUUACUAUCAUCUAAUGAAUGGCGCCGAAGAAAAAGCUUACACUGCUUUGAAGUCACUUCGACGCAAUCAAGAUACCAUCGAAAAGGAAUUCGUUGAAAUGAAAGAAGGUGUUGCCGAGCAGAUGGAUGCCAACAACCGCUUUGUAGACCUCGUACGUGUGAAAAGCAAUCGCCAAGCGUUGAUUAUCGCCAUUACGGUACGUGGUAUUCAACAGUUCGCAGGGAUUUCAGCAUUUGCCGUAUACGCGCCCUAUUUGUUCGCGCGGGUUGAUGGUGGUAUCACUGCAAGUACUUCAGCGAUCAUCUACACCGCUGCGUUGACGUUCUGCAGUUGCACUGGCUCUAUAUUGCUUGAUUUCCUGGGUCGUCGCCGAGCGAUGAUAAUUUCCUGCGUUGGAUGUGCGGUGGUAUUAUUGCUAGAGGCUGCAUAUUUCUACUUCAUACCAGAGUUAUCCCGCUUGUACCAAAUACGAAUGCCAUAUUUUCCAAUCCUUGGUAUGCUGAUCUACGUUCUGGUAUACUCCUUCGGGUUGGGUAUCAUUCCAAAUUUGCUCUUGGGCGAACUGUUUCCAUCGAAUAUAAAAGGAAAAGCAUUAUGUAUCUUGAACAUCAUCUUCGGGAUAUAUUCGAGUAUCUCUACCAAAGUUUUUCAGGUGCUAUACUCCGCGUAUGGGAUUUAUGCACCAAUGUUACUUUUUGGAAUAUGUUGCAUUGGCAGUACCAUUUUCUCGGUGUACUUCGUGCCUGAGACCAGUGGAAAAACUUUACAACAGAUCCAACGUGAUUUAAAAGGAUCAUCUAAUCUAAACCAAGUGGAGGUGAAGGUAGAAACCGAUAAGGAUAAUAGCUAAAUGAAAAUGUUUAAUAUAUUUGUAAAGAUAUAUUUAACACAUAAUUAAAGAAACGGUAGGCAGAGAUCAUAACAUAAAACCAACAGGAUCCACCAUCCAAUAGCAAGUAAGAUUACAGCAACAUUUGUCAUAUUUGUAUAAAAUAAAAACAAAUUCAUUAAAA